AUGCCGAACACUGCGCUUCCCGCCCAGGAGACCCCAUCCUCCAAUCAGCAAUUCGCGGACCCAAACCGAGAUCAGAGUGCAGAGUAUUCCUCGGAUUCCGAUAACGAUCAUGUUGGACUCAAUGGCUCCACAAGAGCCUUGAAGCGAAAACGGCCCCUCACCGUCUCAUGUGAACUGUGCAAGCAACGAAAAGUCAAAUGCGACCGAAUACAACCGAGCUGUGGCUGGUGUACCCGAAAUGGCCAGCAAUGUGAAUAUAGGGAACGAAAGAAGCCCGGACUGAGAGCUGGGUAUGGAAAGGAGUUAGAACAACGACUUGAUCGAUUGGAAGAUAUUAUCCAAUCGCAAGCUCGGCUUAUUGAGAUGCAUAUCCUGCAAAGCCAGUCUUCAAUGGGCCACGAGUUACCCCAUACGGGACCUCUUUCGUAUAGCUCUCCGUCCGAGCCAUCAGCAGUCCACGGACCCAGCCCUAGUACGGCUCUUUACUUCAACGACCCUGGGUCUGCUGUUACAUUGCCCUCACGCCGUGCGGAUGUGUCUACCAAUAGUCCAUCAGAUGGCUCUGUGAAGAAUACUUCGCACAAUCACCUGCAACAUGACAUGUCAAUGACGCCAGUUGGCCAGCUGUUACAUGCCCAAACCACACAUCACGAUUACGCAGGAAACGAAUCGUCUUUGAAAGUUCCCGUCAACAUAUACUCAAACCAAGAGCAAUCUCUUACUGAUCCCGAUCUGGAUCUGCCACCAUAUGAUUUGCUCUAUGCUUUGGUAGAUCUCUAUUUCGAACAUAUCAACUCCUGGUGCCCGAUCCUCCACCGGCGGACAACCCUGGAUACCUUUUUUGGCCCAUCGCCACUAGACGAGGCAGACCGAAUGGUGCUGUACGCAAUCGUGGCAACAACUCUGCGAUUUUCCUCUGACAACAGGCUUAAUGACCAGAACAGAAAGCGCUAUCAUGACUCUUCCAAACAAAAGGUCGUCUUGUAUGGCCUAGAAAAUUCUUCGGUCAAGGCACUUCAGGCACUCGUGAUCUUAGCUCUUGAUUUGGUUGGAUCUUCCAAUGGUCCGCCGGGUUGGAAGCUACUUGCCCUGAUCACCCGGUCUGUAGUUCAGCUAGGGUUGGCUGUGGAAUCAAAGUCUUCUCUUAUCAACCCCACCUAUCCCUCAAUCUAUACUUUGAGAGCUGUCACUCUUUCGGAGCCAGACUCUUGGAUUGAAGAUGAGAGUAGGCGUCGUUUGUUCUGGAUGGUGUACUUGCUAGACCGAUAUUCCACCCUGGCGACUGCGUUCAAUUUCGCCUUGGACGACAGAGACAUUGACCGCAAGCUCCCUUGCAAGGAUGAUUAUUUUAUGAAGAACCAACCCGUUGAGACGCGGUGGUUCCAAUGCUCCAGUGACCGUGCGGAUUAUCUCAGUAAAGCCGAGAACGUUGGGUCUUUCGGUCUCUAUGUUGAAAUCUUGGGUAUCCUCUCACGGAUUCACCUGUUCUUGAAACGGCCCGUGGAUAUCGGAGCUCUCUCCGAUGUUGAGGAUUGGCAGUCUACCUAUCGCAAACUUGACAGCGAGUUAACAUCAUGGGAGUUCAAUCUCCCAGCUGAAUAUGCCUACGAAAAUUCGUCCCGACUCUUCAGUGGGUCCAAGCAUGGCCGGGCUCCGCACAGCGAUUGGGUGCAAUUGCAUGCAACAUACCAAACAGCUGUGAUUCGUCUGCACUCCUCGGCAGCAUACCCGACAACUCGAUCUCCAAUCUUCACGCCCUCAUACAGUGCCAGCCAGCGAUGCCUACUAGCCGUCGAAAACAUUCUGUCAGUAACAAGGUUCGUUGUAGAGCACAACAUGCUGGACAAGAUGGGCCCGCCCUUUGCCUUCACCCUCUGGGUGUCAGCGCGCCUACUCCUCGUCCACGGCUCCACUAUUGCACAUACCGUCAGUCCCGAUAUCAUCUUUUUCGUGGAUACUCUAUUCCAGUUAGGGAAAUACUGGAAAGUCGCCGAGCGAUACAGCAACAUCCUUCAACGCGUCCUGGACGAGUACAACGAGUAUCAGCAAUCGACCGCCAUAGACGGCGAACGAUCCACACCAUCAACAGUCAAGAUCCUCGCCGAUAUGCGUCGCUGUGCAUUCGACCUGGACUUUUUGAUCUCGCGUCAACCACGUGAAUCACCCGCCGACAAUGGCAUUGGCGAGAGCCACCAGCCCCAUCUACCCCUGGCGUCAAUGCCCGCCCGCAACUUCGCUCCCAACGAACUCGAGUACCUCGAUGUCUUUGGCUUCUUCAACGUUCCCCGUGUUCCUCCUACGCGGGCUCCUGACUUGACUACUUCUACGCAUUUGGAAAUCCCUGAGUCUGUGCCAAAUCCUAUGUCGAUUCAUGGAUUGACGGACGCUAGCCCCGCGCCUCCAACUGGGUCCGUAGAUGAUGGUGGUCAUUCCUCCAAUGCGAAUGAAUUCAACAUCACCAACUACUUGAUUCCGACGCCGGAGACGGAUUGGCUGUUCCGACCAUCCUAG